AUGGCAUCUCAUAUCUAUUACAUAGUCCCCAAAUUAUCCUUCAAGAAACAUCCUUCCCAGGUCUUCAUUGAUACCCCACUGGUGUUGACAAAGUUCUACCAGCAAAUCCUGGCCUUGGUCUUUGCUGUCGAUGAGAUCAACGAGAAUCCCAGGAUGUUGCCCAAUGUCUCUCUUGGCUUCCACAUCUAUGAUAGCUAUUAUGAUUCAAAGAUGACCUACCGAAACACUCUGGACCUGCUCUUUAAAUCACAUCACUUUGUUCCCAACUACAGGUGUGGCAUCCAGAAAAAUGUCAUAGGAGUCAUUGGGGGACUCAGCUCUGAUACCUCCUGGUGCAUGGCAAACGUCUUAGGUCCUUUCAAGAUUCCACAGGUACCACCCCUCUCUAUAUGUAAUGCCCACUGCCUUCCUGGUUAUGGGAAGAAAAAGAAGGAGGGAAAGAAGUUUUGCUGCUAUGAUUGUGAUCCAUGUCCGGACGGAAUGAUCUCAGAUGAGAAAGACAUAGAAACAUGUGUCAGUUGCCCAGCAGAUCAAUAUCCAAACAGCGGCCAGGAUCUAUGCAUUCCUAAGAUUCCAAACUUCCUAGCCUUUGAUGAAACCUUGGCCAUUGUUUCAACUUUUUUCGCACUUUUAUUCUCUCUCUUCACAAUCCUGGUGCUUGGCAUCUUCAUUAAGCAUCGCAAAACAGCCAUAGUCAAAGCCAACAACAGAAGCCUUACCUAUGGUCUCCUUAUCUCCCUCCUCUUGUGUUUCCUCUCUUCUUUGUUGUUUAUCGGAAAACCUAAUAUGGUGACUUGCCUUCUCCGACAAACUGCUUUUGGCAUUGUCUUCUCUGUGGCCCUCUCCAGCAUCUUAGCCAAAACCAUACUGGUGGUUUUGGCAUUCAUGGCUACCAAACCAGGAUCCAAUAUGAGGAAAUGGGUAGGCAAAGAACUGGCUUAUUCCAUUGUCUUUUCCUGCUCCAUUGUUCAAGUAGGAAUUUGUGUCCUCUGGCUGGCAACCUCUCCCCCAUUCCCAGAUGUGGACAUGCACUCAAUGCCUGAAGAAAUCAUAUUUCUUUAUAAUGAAGGGUCAGUCUCCAUGUUCUAUUGUGUUUUGGGCUACAUGGGAUUCCUGGCCACUAUCAGCUUCACUGUGGCCUUCCUAGCCAGGAAGUUGCCUGACACUUUCAACGAAGCUAAGUUCAUCACCUUCAGCAUCCUGGUCUUCUGCAGUGUUUGGCUCUCCUUCAUUCCAACCUACCUGAGCACCAGAGGAAAAUACAUGGUGGCUGUGGAGAUCUUCUCCAUCUUUGCUUCUGGUGCUGGGUUGCUGGUUUGCAUUUUCUCCCCUAAAUGCUACAUAAUUGUGCUGAGGCCAGACCUGAACAACAAAGAGCAGCUAACACAGAGAAAGGUAUAA